AUGGAGCCCCCAAAGAGGAAGUCAUUAUUUUGCAAUUGCUUUCCAUCAGCACUGCUGCUUUCUGCUGUUCUCUUUAUUGGGAGUGCAUUCCUAGUCACCGAUUAUAAAGAGAGGUUUUUGGGGUGUCAAAUGUUUUACAAUAUAAAGGCCACAAAAUCUAAGAUGUGUGAGAAUCAGUGCAGACCUGAAGGAAGUGAGACCUUGCCUAAAGGGAUUGUUUCUAUAACUACUGAUUUGGAGAUGCGGCCACUGUGGGGUCGUCCAAAGAAGAAGCCCAAGUCACCAAUGAACCUGUUGGCAAUUGCAGUUGGAAUAAAGCAGAAACACAAUGUAAAUGAAAUGAUUAAAAAGUUUCCAUUGACCGAUUUUGCCAUCAUGCUUUUCCAUUAUGAUGGUAACGUGGAUCGCUGGAAAGAGUUCGAAUGGAGCAAUUAUGCCAUACAUGUUUCUGCUAUUAACCAAACUAAGUGGUGGUUUGCCAAGAGGUUCUUACAUCCAGAUGUUGUUGCACGGUAUGCCUAUAUUUUCCUUUGGGAUGAAGAUCUUGGAGUUGAAAACUUCCACGUUGGGAGAUAUCUCUCAAUUAUUAAAGAGGAAGGGCUUCAGAUUUCACAGCCAGCAAUUGAUCCUGAAAAAUCAGAGGUCCAUUACAAAUUUACGGCACGAGAGUUAAACUCCACAGUACACCGAAGGACUAUAAACCUACGUGGUCCAGGCAGGCGGUGCUAUGAAGAUAGCACUGGUCCUCCAUGCACGGGGUUUGUGGAGAUGAUGGCUCCUGUUUUCUCAAGGGAAUCGUGGCGUUGUGCUUGGUACAUGAUUCAGAAUGAUCUUGUCCAUGCAUGGGGCCUCGACUUCCAGCUUGGUUACUGUGCACAGGGAAAUCGAAUGGCAAAUAUUGGGAUUGUCGACUCUGAGUACGUAGUCCACUUUGGUCUACCCACUCUUGGAGGUUUGGCAUCAGACAAGGCUAACGGUGAAGACAAAGGCCAAUUGUCUCUAAAUAAAGUGUUGCCUGACCAAAGGCAAAAGGUACCAUCUGAAACAGAUCAAUCUGAUGGUAGAAAUGCUGUACGAAAGGAGUCCUAUAUUGAAUUAGAGAACUUUAAGAAUAGAUGGAAGAAGGCUGUAAGAGAAGAUGAAUGUUGGUUAGAUCCCUUUCAGCAGCCAGUAAAGCAGAAGUGA